GGACUCCGGGAUCAGAGGCCGUGACCCAGUCAGUCAUCAUGUACCUGAGAAUAACAAGUCUCUGCAAGUGUACGUGGGAGUCUGCAUGAAUGCGGGGGUGGCGUGAGGCAGGGUUUGGGUCCAUUUAAGAGCGUGCAGCAGGAGGAGAGCCCAGCGAGGAAGAGUGACUGUAGAGUGAAGAGACACAGAGAAGAUGAGGUCCACAUUGCUGCUGAUGCUUCAGAUGUUGGAUCUCUACACUUACCUGUCACAUGGUACUAACAUUCAACACGUCCAGCACUGUGGAACGCACUGCACUCAGGGUUUGCACUGUAAAACGAAAUCUUAUUCAAAUUUGUCACUGUGUAAGAAGCCACCAGCAGGCCUCCAGAGCAAGCUGUCUCUCGGCAUGAGCAUCUCCACCGUCAUGAGGUGUACAGGGCAUCAGCAGUGCUCCCUACAGCUCCAAGUCAACAGCUCCCUGACUAUGAACGAGCGUGUGAAGGGUGUCACCAUAUGCGCUGUUGCAGCCGGCACAAUUGAACGCUGCAGGACUCACAACUUCCUCAACCCAGCGCAGAAGCUAAGCGGACAGCAGGUGGAAGUUCAAGACAACUGCUUUGAAGUGGGAGUUGGCCAAGACGUUCACGUCUCUGUGAAAACUGUGCCUGAGUUCUGCCAUUUGUGGGUUUCCAAAACAUACAGCGUUCCAGGCUGUAGCCAUGCAGAACUUCAAAAGAAUGUUCCGGAGUGCAUUGCUGGGAAAAUAGCAUACCAACUGGACUCUGAGAGAAAAGAGUUGUCUGUGUCGGUGACAGACAUGCUGGAGGAUGCAGAUUACAACCUCAGGCUGUGCCACAAGGGAUACAUCUGCCGUGGCAUAGACACACAGACCCUGAUAAAAAAGGAGGACCCAGAGAAAAAGGCCACAUUGCGGUACACCAGACCACUGCCUUGUUUAUGCAUCGAGGGCUGGUCCUCUGUAGUCGACGCCCCUCGGGUCCAAGUCUGUCCCUUUAAGAAAAAUAUGGAGGAGUUGUGGUCAGGGGUGGCCUUCAAUAGUGCAGAGCAGACACUGUCAUGGGAACCGGCAUGCCAGACUGAGGUGGCAGUCAGCCUUUGCCAAAACACGGAGCAGAGCGGCUGUCACGAUCUAGCCAACGCCUCCCAGUCUGUUACGCGGGGCAAGGUUUUGUUCUCAAAGGUGGAGCCGCACCCACAGCUCUGUAUGAAGUUUUCCACAAAAACGGGGUCUUGGAUAAGGUGUCCCUUUGCUGGCAGCGAUUGUACAGCAUGGCACAUAGACGAAUUGAGGGUGAACGGCAAGACGCAACUUGUGGUGACCUCAAAGAACACGCCGACACUUCUUCUUAGUUUGUGUACAAGGACCGGACCCUUGGCAUGUGAAGAACACAAAGAUGUAAUCAUCGUCAAUGUUACCAAACCUCAGAUGGUGGUGCCCAAACUAGACUUGACAACGUGUGGUCAGAAUUGCUGCAUUCAGGCACGAAGAAUUGAUGUGAAGUAUGCAGCUAAAGUUCUCCUCUGUGACUUCAAGUCACCUGACAUCAUGGAGGCUACAGCCCCUCUGGUCUCCUCUCGCCCCUGGCAGAGUGUCUGGGUUGUCGCCCCGGCCGUUGGCGUGCUGACUGCGCUGCUUGUGUCCACCCUUUUGGUUGGCGCUGCCAUCACAGCCAUCACAGUUUACCAGAAGAGGAGCACAAAGAGGGCGUGCCAUGUCACUGCAAGUCAACACAACACUGGCUUGAUGUCUACACAUCUGGUCACUCCAGGUUCAGCAAAGCAGUUUUCUCCUCAGAACAUGUUUGUGGUGUCCACCCACUGUUAUUACCCAACGACUGAAGACGCACCUCAUUUUGAGAACAGCGAGAAAACAAAUCUGCUGAACUGGGUAAAAAAAGACUCAAUGAUUUAGUUACAUGGUGACUUCAAAAGGGUUAAAUUGUGGUCUGAGCCUCUCAGGGGAAGUGACAAACUGUCCUUCAAGCGUCAAAUAAGUCCUUUUGCCUACAACUAAACUUUUUUUUAUAUAAGAUGAACUGUAUGAAUGAGAAUCGUCACAACUUAUAUGAUGCAUGUAUGUAUAUGGACCUUGAACGGUGUUCUUUCAAUGACUACAAAAGAUCCAAUGCUUUACUGAAACCAGAGUUGGCUGAUAACCUGAGUGUGUACCUUGUUAGUAUUUUAGUGAGUAGUAGUUGUCAAGCAUUAGUUGGCAUUCCCAAAUAAUUGGACUGCUUGAAUUGCUAGAUAUUUGCUUACGGCUUGUUAUGUAAGAGGUGAAUUAAGUUGCAGAAUUGAGUGCUUGGUGUGAUAGUCUGAACGAAUAUAUUAAUGACACAUGUACAGAAGCGUUGGCACUGCCAUUUGUAUUGUAAGAUGUAUAUUUUUGUACCCUGUUUUGAUGUCAUAUUUAUUUAUUCAUGUAUUAAUGUUAGGUCAUCUCAGGACGUUGGGGUACCAUUUGAUUUGUUAAGUUCUAAUAUCACAAUGCUACAUCUUAUAAGUGUCUCAUCGAAGACCAGAUCACCCUCUGAGAACUUUGAAAUGAAAGCAGAUUGACCAGAAUGAUCUCAGAGCUUUGUAGUCACAAUAGCUAGGCCAAAUAACGUUAGCCUAAUAACUGUCAAGUGAAAAGGCAUAACAGCAGGUGUUGGCAAUCUAAGCCAUGUGUUUCCAUGCACAUAAAUCAACCAAAGGACAAUGUAGAAGGUUUAACAUAAUGCGCCAAAGGGAAGACGGCAUUGACCCUGCCGACAAUUUGGGAAACGGAAUGGAUCCUGCCAAUGUUUUGCAUUUGAUAUUGUUAUGUGGUUAUAUACUACUGUAUUGUUCU